UGAAGCUGUCAUGAAAAUUCACCUUGUUGAUGACAGAAAAAUUUUAGACAGCCGCUGUUUAAAAAGUGUGUUGUCAUUCGAUAAUUUAAAAUAUAAAUUGUUAAUAAAUAAUUAAUAACAAUAAUGGCAAUGAUUAAUGAAUAUAUGGGACGUAAUUUACCAGAUUAUCAAGCUGCUGGUUCAAAAAAAGUACAUUUUAGUCCAUAUGCUGACAAUGGAGGUACUGUUGUUGCAAUUGCUGGUGAUGAUUUUGCAAUAAUUGCUGCUGAAACACGUUUAAGUGCUGGAUUUUCAAUCUAUACACGUAAUCAAGAAAAACUUUUUAAACUUUCUGAUACAACUAUUUUGGGUUCAUCUGGAUGUUGGUGUGAUACCCUUACACUUACUCGUAUUCUUGCUGCUCGUAUGCAGAUGUACACUCAUGAGCAUCAAAAGCAAAUGUCAACUCCAGCAGCAGCACAAAUGUUGUCAACAAUGAUGUACUACAAGAGAUUCUUUCCAUAUUAUGUCAGUAAUAUUAUGGCUGGUCUUGAUGAAAAUGGAAAAGGUUGUGUAUUUAGUUAUGAUCCAAUUGGUCAUAUGGAAAGAACAAUGUACAGAUCUGGUGGAUCAUCAAAUGCUUUACUUCAACCAUUACUUGAUAAUAUUGUUGGUAAAAUGAACAUGGAAAAUCCAGAUGAAUCACCAUUAACCAAGGAAAAAGCAUUGACUAUUAUCAAAGAUAUGUUUAUAUCAGCAACUGAAAGAGAUAUUUAUACUGGUGACAGUGUUAGUAUCAGAAUCAUCACCAAGGAUGGCAUUCAAAGUGAAAAAUUCGAACUCAGAAAAGAUUAAACAAAACUACAAUUUUUUCUUUUUUUUUUUUUACACUUACUUUUUUCCAAUAUAAUAAAAUGUCAAGAAAUAAUUUCAAUAUGAUUAUUAAACAUUUAUUAAAUAUUCAAAAAUAAAUAAAACUUGAAAAAUUAUAUAUUA